AUGAGCAGCGCAUUGGUAUCAGAUCCGGCAUAUACACAAUCGGCAGCAGCACCCCCCAUACAGUAUCAAUUCUAUCCAUACACAGAUAAUGGUGGUACAGUUUUAGGAAUUGCAGGAGAAGAUUUUGCAGUUUUAGCGGGUGAUACAAGACAUACUACCGAUUAUUCUAUUAAUUCUCGUUAUGAAUCUAAAGUGUUUGAUUGUGGUGACAACAUCGUAAUAACUGCCAACGGAUAUGCUGCUGAUGGAGAGGCAUUAGUUAAGAGGUUUAAGAAUAGCGUUAAAUGGUACCAUUUUGAUCACAAUGACAAGAAAUUAUCGCUCAAUAGUGCAGCUAGAAAUAUUCAACAUUUACUGUAUGGCAAAAGAUUUUUCCCUUAUUAUGUCCAGACGAUUAUUGCAGGUUUAGAUGAAGAAGGUAAAGGUGCUGUUUAUUCGUUUGAUCCAGUAGGUUCAUAUGAAAGGGAGCAAUGUAGAGCAGGUGGUGCAGCAGCAUCAUUAAUCAUGCCGUUUUUAGAUAACCAAGUCAAUUUCCACAACCAAUAUGUGCCUGAGAGUAACGGUAGAGUCAAAAGACCAUUAAAAUUUUUGAGCGUUGAUGAAGUCAUUAGAUUGGUUAGAGACGCAUUCACAUCAGCCACGGAAAGACACAUUCAAGUUGGUGAUGGGCUAGAAAUUUUAAUUGUUACCAAGGACGGCGUUACUAAACAAUUUUACGAAUUGAAGAGAGAUUGA